CGCCCUCAUGUCCACGGUCCAUCAAACACACGCACAGCAUUGUCAUAGGUCAGCUGUCGGAUCUCAUCCACAGGCCGCCCCAGGCACUUGGCAACCCCCUCACACACCCACCCCAAAUGACAUGGCUCAUUCACAGCAACCCAUGAACCAUCACUCUCACUGCGCACAUACCGCACCGGCGCGCGGCCUUCCAUUCCAUCUGCCUCGACUGUCUGAAAGGUCGCAUCUUGUGUCGGCUCCGCAGCCAGAGGGAUCGUCAAUCUUUGCGGCAGCUGAUCGGGUGAGUCCGUCUCAAUGAGAAGGCGGUCCAGCGGGACGGCCUGCAGCGAGCGAACGACCUGAAAAGGCGGACAGAGACCAGCAUCAGCAUGGAGUCACCACCGAUAGGCCUCGCUCACCUUGUCACUGUGGAGAACUAGUGAGGAGAACGAAAAGUAGCAGUUGAGCCGCGCAAAGUCGGGCACCAUCUCUGAAGGUACCAAGCGGGCAAGGAAAUGACAGAGGGCCCCCGACACACACAUCCCCACGCCAGCUGCCAACCUGGCGGCCCAGCGAAUGAGUGCAGCACGAUGCCAGGUGUGAAGGGGAGGGGUCUGAGGUGCGCCUUGAGCUGCUCCAGGAGGCUCCCGUAGGCCUGCACGCAGUGCAAUGACACGGGCCGCUGUUCAUUCGACGCCAACUCGAGGUGCUGCCGCAACACAUCUUGCUGCACAUCCCACAACGACCUGCACGCGCACGCGCACACAAACAGAGUGAGAAAAUAUGCUGGACUGUUCAUUCACACACGUACUUGUUGCCUCUUCUGGCUUUGUCGAGGCCGCAUUCGCCAAUACACAGUCGAGGACGCUGCCUGCAUUGAACAAGGCUGUCUGGGUGACUGUCUCAGUGAAUGGCCGAUGCCUCACUCACUGGAGAUGGGCUGACAGCUGGCCGCGCCAGUCGCCUCCAAUGCUCUCCUCCACCCACCUGACACAACAACACGCAUGGAGAAGAAACACACAGGCACACCAACACGACAUACGUGUGGUACCAAGGGUGCACUCCGAUGGAUGGGUAGAUGGCAUGAGGGAACUCAUCCGCCAGCUGCAGCACGCGGCCCCAGUCGUCAGGGCAGCACCCGUUGCACACCAUCUUGGGCACACGAUGACGCAGAGCCGCCUCCACGCACUCGCGCACCAUCGGCUGCAGCUUCGGCAGCUGCAGAUGGCAGUGGGCGUCGAACAGCAUCGCUCACUCCCUACUGAUUCAUCUCCGUCUUGCGAAGAAACAAUGUCGGAGGCGACCAGAUCUGCAG